CAUGUCACGGCAAUUUGUCCCUCGGCGGACACCGUUUCCCAGCUAAGCAAUGUCUGCGCUCUCGCGGAUAUCGUAGCGUGCGGAGUUCUACCCUUUCCUCGACGCUGGGCAUGGCGAGCCGAAGGGCCCGGCAGCGCCUCAAGGGCGGCGGCGGCGGUGGCGGCGGCGGCGGGGACGCGGGCCCGGCCGCGGAGAAGCUGCGGGAGCUGCUGGGCAGCCGGGAGGCAGGCGCGCAGCCGCGGCCAGAGUCUGGAAAUAAAGCAGGGCAAGUCUGGGCCCCUGAAGGAUCCACUGCUUUCAAGUGUCUGCUCUCGGCAAGGUUGUGCGCUGCCCUUCUGAGCAACAUCUCGGACUGUGAUGAAACCUUCAACUACUGGGAACCAACACACUACCUCAUCUAUGGGAAGGGGUUUCAGACGUGGGAAUAUUCCCCACUGUAUGCCAUCCGCUCGUAUGCUUACCUGCUGCUGCAUGCCUGGCCAGCUGCAUUUCAUGCACGGAUUCUGCAAACUAAUAAGAUUCUUGUAUUCUACUUUUUGAGAUGUCUCCUGGCUUUUGUGAGCUGUAUUUGUGAACUUUACUUUUAUAAGGCUGUGUGCAAGAAAUUUGGGCUGCAUGUGAGCCGGAUGAUGCUGGCCUUCUUGGUGCUCAGCACUGGCAUGUUUUGUUCAUCAGCUGCAUUCCUUCCUAGCAGCUUCUGCAUGUAUACUACGUUGAUCGCCAUGACUGGGUGGUACAUGGACAAGACACCCAUUGCUGUGCUGGGAGUAGCAGCCGGAGCUAUCUUAGGGUGGCCAUUUAGUGCAGCUCUUGGUUUGCCCAUUGCCUUUGACUCGCUGGCCAUGAAACACAGGUGGAAGAGUUUCUUUCGUUGGUCCCUGGUGGCCCUGAUUCUUUUCCUGGCGCCUGUGGUGGUCAUUGACAGCUACUAUUAUGGAAAGUUGGUGAUUGCACCUCUCAACAUUGUUUUGUAUAACGUCUUCACUUCUCAUGGACCUGAUCUCUACGGUACAGAACCAUGGUAUUUCUAUUUAAUCAAUGGAUUUCUGAAUUUCAAUGUUGCCUUUGCUUUGGCUCUUCUGGUCUUGCCGCUGACUUUUCUUAUGGAGUACCUGCUGCAGAGAUUCCAUGUUCAAAAUUUAGGACAUCCAUAUUGGCUUACCUUGGCGCCAAUGUAUAUUUGGUUUAUAAUUUUCUUCAUCCAGCCUCACAAAGAGGAGCGCUUUCUCUUCCCAGUGUAUCCGCUUAUAUGUCUCUGUGGUGCGGUUUCUCUUUCUGCACUUCAGAAAUGUUACCACUUUGUGUUUCAACGAUAUCGCCUGGAGCAUUACACUGUGACAUCCAGCUGGCUGGCAUUAGGAACAGUUUUCCUGUUUGGACUUUUGUCAUUCUCACGCUCUGUGGCUCUGUUCAGAGGAUAUCAUGGGCCCCUUGAUUUGUAUCCAGAAUUUUACCGAAUUGCCACAGACCCAACCAUCCACACUGUCCCAGAAGGCAGACCUGUGAACGUUUGUGUGGGGAAAGAAUGGUAUCGAUUUCCCAGCAGCUUCCUUUUGCCUGAUAAUUGGCAGCUUCAGUUCAUUCCAUCAGAGUUCAGAGGUCAGCUACCAAAGCCUUUUGCAGAGGGACCACUGGCCACUCGGACUGUCCCUGCUGACAUGAACGACCAGAACCAAGAGGAACCUUCCAGAUAUAUUGACAUCAGCAAAUGCCAUUACUUAGUGGAUUUGGACACUAUGAGAGAAACACCUCGGGAGCCAAACUACUCAUCCAACAGAGAAGAAUGGGUCAGUCUUGCCCACAGACCAUUCCUGGAUGCCUCUAGGUCUUCCAAGUUGCUCCGGGCAUUCUAUGUCCCCUUCCUGUCGGAUCAGUACACAGUGUAUGUGAACUACACCAUCCUCAAGCCUCGGAAAGCAAAGCAAAGCAGGAAGAAGACUGGAGCUUAGGAACGCCCCUGUGGCUCCAAGGGACAGCCAUCAUGUUAACUCACAGCUCCACUGAGCUGACUUCCUCCAAGUCAUAUAACACUUGUAAUAAAGGUCGGCUGACAAGAUGCCAGAUUCCGGGUGCUCUGAGCUCGUCAGUAUGUCAAAGUCUAAUCAGAGUCACACACAUCCUGCCCCUGUCUGGUCUGCAUGUGAGCUUUCUGCAGAUGGGCAGAGUCCCUAAAGCCUGGAGAGGUACAUUGCUCCGCUUCUCAUUGUUCUCCCUGUUGAGUUAUUUAUUAGUGCGGAGAAAAGCUGAGCGCCCUGACUGGGUGUGUGCUGGUGUUCUCCACUCUCUGGCCUGGCAUCUGAGAACUAGCAAGCCUUCCUUAGGCCACAUGGUUUCUCCACUAAAGUUGUUUGGCAGCUCCUAGCAGACCUUGUUCAAAUCCUAGUGCUUAGAAGAAGCACAGCCUAGUGCCAACUGACGUGUUCUUUCACCGGCAGCAGGCUUCAGCUUCUGAGAGCAUUCCCAGGACUGACACCAUGUCCCGAAGCUCAGGAAAAAGGCGACCAUGGAAGAACUGUGACCUAAUAUUAUCUAUGAUGCCUCUAAUUUUCUUUAAAACCGGUCUUAAUUAUUUGGCUAUUUGGGAAGUGUUUUAAGAUUUUUAAUGUUUCAGCAUGCUGUAUCUUGAAUUCUAGACUCUGUACAAAGAUAAACUAUAUAGGGUCUCUGGAGAAAAGUUUAUCACUAGGUUUGGGCAACAUCAUAUUUUAAAGUGCUCUGAGGCCAUCUGGGGGAAAUCAAGAACUCCUUUUUGUGAAACAACAGCCCUAAUGAAAUGGAAGUGACAACAGUG